AUGGCUACGGAUGACAAAGAAACAGCUAGUAAACAGUAUAAAUCAACGACUACGAUAUGGAAAUGUGCUUAUCUCUAUUCUGUAGUCGAACACGAAAGACAAACACAACUAGUCACACGUCAUUCGCAACGCAUGGGAGACGAUCGGAAUCAAUUAGUGCCCUGUUCAACUGGCGAUAGUCCAUACAGUAACAAUAGCUUGUCGACAGUUCAACGACCUCUUCAAUCAACGAUUUUUUGUUACAAUUUUCAUACGGAUACUUUGGAACCGAUUUCUGCAUCUUCAACUGACUAUCAAACUCAUGCAUCACGUAUUCAACGAGUUGGUCUCCAUCAGUAUUUAUUUGAACAUACCAAUACUCUUCUCCUACUGGAAGCACGACAAUCACAUACGUUAAAUUUCAGUGUCCUUUGGCUCCGAACUGUUCUACAGCGUUCAGCAGUUAGUCUCAUAUGGCGACAAUCAAUUGUCAAUUGGUUAAUUGGAAUCCAGCGUAAGAAUCAUAUGAAAGAAGAAGUAGCUCAACAUUGUGUUCGGUUGCUCGAUGCUCGUGAUACAUUGCGCGGCCAUUACGAUCGAGAUUAUCAAUUGCGUGCCAUGGGUUAUUUUAUUCUUGUGGCUAAAUUUCAUAAUCGUAUUCAAGUCAAAUUGGAAGAAUAUUCUCGUUAUUCAGCAAAUGCAUUUGAUCCACGUGAUAUUGGUCAUAUCGUUCGACAUUUAUUUGCCGAACUGAAUUUCGAUUUUCAAUUAGCAUUACCGCAAGAAUUUGUUGAACUUUUCUUGGAAUUGAAUUCAACUGAAACAUGUAAAUUAAAUGAACCAAAGAUUCGAGCAUUGAGUAAUUUAUUUAUUCAUGUGGCAUGUAUUCAAUCAUGGUCGAGUUGUUUCAAUGCGUCACUUCUUGCCACAUCGGUACUCGUUCUUUCACUUAAAUUUAUGCGUCAAAUCCGUCCUGAGAUUCCACAUUUGAACUAUAUCUUAUGGACAUGUACUUAUCCAGUAGAAUUAGUCCUUGGUCUUGCGGGCUACAUCGCUAUGAUUGUUGCUGACAUGCCUGGUGAACCAACCGAUCGAGCCAACCAUUAUUUCUAUGCAACAAAACUCUAUAAUGACGAAUGUCAUCAUGAAAAUCAUUUCAAUCUCAAUCAUGUGAAGACAUUUUGUCGAGAAUUCGUUCAAGGCUCACUGGUUAAUCGACAGAUUGCAUUAGGUAUGCGAUCACUUGUUUCUCAACAACGACGUAUUAUUGAACAAUCAUAUUUUACACCACAUCCACAUGUUACUUUAACACAAACAACACCAUUAUUGAAUCCAAAUCCAAAUAAUGCAUUACGUGUGAACAAUGAUACACCUCGAAAACCGUUCAAUGAUCAACCGGAACAAAAACAACCGAUGAGAUUAACUGUCCGUGCUGUUCUUGCCGCGAAACGUUUCGGUAAACAAGUUAUGGAACGUCGUCAAAACCGACUAAGACAAGAUUUGAUAGGAGUGGCUUAA